AUGACGUGUAGUGGAACAGGCGUCGGUAAUACGGAUCAGGAGCGCUCAAUUGUUCGGAGAUCAAAUAGCGAGAAGGCGCUAUCUGUCUUGGUGUUGAUGAUCAGUUCGGCCUUGAUGUCGAUGUGUGCCGAGUUUCUUGUCGGCACAAUCGAUGAGGUUACGCAUCAAGGCCAUCUAUCCGAGUCCUUUAUCGGCCUGAUCAUACUCCCCAUUGUUGGAAACGUGGCCGAGCUUGUCACCGUUGUCACGGUGGCACACAAAGAGAAACUAGAUCUCGCAAUCGCAGUUGCCGUUGGCUCGUCUGUCCAGAUCGCGCUGUGCGUGGCUCCAUUGACCAUCAUCGCAGCGUGGAUCAUGAGACGAGAGCUAUCUCUUAGUUUCAACUUAUUCGAUGCGGCUGCAUUAGUCGGAGCGGCCGUGCUAGUCAACUUCUUUUUCCUUAGCGAUUCAAGUAGUGUGUUGAAGAUGAGUAGGCUGAAGGGAGCGUUGAUGUGCGCUUGUUACAUCAUCAUUGGGUGA